UAGGGGGAAUGCCAUCUAUCAUGUCAUAGGAAUACCACCUGCUUUGAAAGCACACGCCUGCCAGGUAAAGCACAGCAUCCACUGUUACUUCCCAUGGGACAACAGUGCAGCAGAGCACUGACUGAGAAACUCAGAAACAGUUGUGGUGUUAACAUAUGCAUUCUUGUACUUAAAUCCACACAUGAUGAGUGUAGCUGAAAUCAUGACAUAACCUUGAGCAAAUCAGCAGGCUCCAUCUCUGUAACUGGUGCUCCACUGCUGAGGUUAACAUAGACACUAUAAUCAGAGAAGUGUCCCUGGCUGGUAUGCCAUCCAGUUUCUGGGUCACUCCUCAGCCCUCUGAGAGGGACCCAUCCACAUGAGCAACAGAGGGAGACAGAGAGAGAGAGGGUGGGAGAGAGAGAGGAGAGGUAUUUAUAGAAAAAUGGGGCUUCGCAGUACCUUUUCUUGCGAACAAACCAUUUCAGGACCAAGUAUGCGUGUCCCAGUUUUGUGAUCAUCACUCAGCCAUAGGGUUUGGACUGAGGCUGAGACUGGACCGCCUCAUCCAGGAUGGAGAGCCUGCCUUUCAACCGCUCUCCCCUCUCCUUUGGCCUCCUUGUCUGCACCUCCAAGCCGCUGGUUCUUUGAUUGAGUGCAAGGGACGAUAUCAGCCUACAUAACCUACACAUGUGACCUUUUAGGAAAAGUCGAGUUGAGUAGAUGGGGAGAGGCUUUUGGAGCUAGUGAGCUCAGGUGAGGGGCAGCACGAGGGUGUCCGUGGGCACUCUUUAGCUGCUUCGUCCCCCAGGCUGGGGGCAAAGGGAGGCUGGCUGGAACGUGCCCUGCCGCAAGCCGGGCAAGGAUGAGGCGUUUCCUGAGCAGAAAGGGCCGCUUCUCCCUGCGCCAGAGCAAGUCUGGGACCCGGAGUGCGGCCAAAGAUUUUUACCUUGGCCUUCCAGCCACCAAUCAGAACUGGCCAGAGGCGUUUGGCUUCCGGCUUGGUGGCACCGGGCCCAGCUACAUUCUAUCAGUGGUGGAGGGCAGUAGUGCGUACCUGGCUGGUCUGCAGCCCGGUGACCAGGUGGUAGACAUCGAAGGCCAGGAUGUGACCAAUCUCAGCACACCGGCACUGAUCGCUCUGGCUCAGACUCUUAAGACGGUGCCACCAAGCAUCGGUGUGGUGUCACGGAUUGAGCAGAUUGACAUCAAUCCUGGCCCAGAUGGCCGUUUUGGUUUCACUAUCGUGGGGGACAGCCCUCUGAUGGUGGAGGACUGCAUGCCCACUGGUCCAGCUGGUCGCAGUGGUCUUAAAGCUGGGGAUUAUGUCAUGGAGGUCAAUGGCAUUCCAGUGAAACAUCAUGAAACAGCAGCAGCCAUGAUCAAAGCAGCUCAGGGGCGUCCUCUGCGUCUAGGCGUGCUCAGUAUGGCCCGGCGUCCCAAACGGCUGAGCAGCAGCAUGAGGGUGCUGUCACAGAGCGGCGACAGUGUCCGGGAAAGUCGUGCCCACAAAGCCAUGGAGUUUAACAAGAAGGUGGAGGAGGUGCUAGGAGAGGAGCCGGAUGUGAAGGAGCAGCUGUUUGAGGUACUAAAGCAGUACGCUGCUGAGAGGGAUGUGGAGAGUCUAGCAGAGGCCCUGCCUGACAUUCUGAUCACAGAAGAUCAUCAGCAGCUGAUCGACAAUGUCAGGAUCUUCAUUCCCAAGAAACAUCGGGAGCGUUUUGACGAGGUGGUUUCCCAGAGCCUGAUGAGCCGGCUCAAGGGGCGGAGCUUCAGUGACCCCAGCCGCCAACACCUUCGCCGGAGCCGGAGUGAAGAUCACCCUGAACGCCUUCUGGUGUCUACCCGUGCCAGCUCAGUACCACGCACCCACGCAGAGGAGGGUGUGGCCCCCCCAACCAGAGGCAUGCGCAAGACCACCUCCCUCAUAGCUGGGCACACCACUGCCACCACAUCUAACUGCAGGACAGUGAGAGUGUGCAAGGGUAACAUGAGUUUUGGCUUCACUCUCAGAGGUCAUGCUCCAGUGUGGAUUGACUCUGUCAUCCCUGGAAGCCCAGCAGACAAGGCAGGUCUAAAACCAGGAGACCGCAUCCUGUUCCUGAAUGGACUGGACAUGAGGACAUCCUCUCAUGAGAAGGUGGUGUCCAUGCUCCAAGGCAGUGGUGCCAUGCCCACCCUGGUAGUUGAAGACGGUCCACCCACUUUCACUCUGGCAGAGCAGGAAAUGGCAGGGGGCAGUGCACCCACAGAACGGGCCCGCUCUCCUGUGCUCAGCUCCCUGCAGUGGGUGGCAGAGAUUUUGCCCCCUAGUAUCCGAGUUCAUGGCCGAACUUUUGGGCAGCAGCUGGAGCAUCUUCUGACCAUCCAGGAGAGAUACACCAUUUGCAAGGCUCUGGAAAACUUCUUUCAGCACAGGAAUGUUGACACUCUGAUCGUGGAUGUGUUCCCGGUGUUGGAUACUCCAGCGAAACAGGUGAUCUGGCAAUUUGUUUACCAGCUGUUGACGUAUGAAGAGCAGGAACACUGCCAGAGCAAGAUUUCACGCUUUCUUGGCUACAAAGCACCAGUUCCACCACCACCUCCGCCGCCUCCCCCUCCUCCCGAGCCCGAGGCAGCCCCCGAACCCCACCGCCGUAGCAGCUCCAUGAGGGUGACAGGGACCACGUACAGGAGCAGUGUGAGGGGCCGUAGCUCUGAUGACCUGGUCAUUGGCACACACUUGGGCAUGGGCUUCCGUGCAGAACCGGUGCUGGAGGCAGGGAUGAGGUUGGCUCCAGGAGAGAGACAGUCAGGUGACGGUACCUCCCUUCCUGAGACUCCCAACAACCUCACAAAUCUGUCAGCAGUGUACGCUGAACUGGAGAACAUGUAUUCAACCAAGAGAUCUAAGUCUCUGAAGAGUCGUCCUCCUCCUGCACCUGAGACUUUACUGGAUCUGGAUCCUCCCUCCCCAACAGCCUCCCCUCCAAUACAUGCUAACGCAGGUAGUCGUAAAGGACCACCACCGUCUUCAUCCUGGCCAGAGCCUCUCCCUAGCCCCCCUCCAGCCCAGUUCUACCCUCCUGGACUAACCAGUCAAACAAGUGCAGAGUCCAACCCCUACAUCAGCCUGGACAGUCCCCCACCAUCACCACCAGAGCCCCCUGACUUCCCCUCUAGCCCCCCACCCCAAAGGAGCAACAAGAGGCGUUACACCUUCUCCAAACCACCUCGAUCAGAAGACACAGACCGCUUUUUGGAUGCACUGAGUGAGCAGCUAGGACAGAGGGUGGCCAUUGUUGAUGACUUCCUGACUCCUGAGAAUGACUAUGAAGAGGAUGUUGUGCAGAUGGGUUUCCCGGAUGAGGAGGAUGAGGAUAAUGAAGAUGACUUGGGAGUAGACGAGGAUGAAAAUGGAGGAUUUGUUGCACCAGAGCUCAGCAGCCCGAGCGAUGUUCAAAGCAGCAGCGGAGAAGAGAAUGCCUCCUCUCUCACCUACUCCUCCUCCUCUGACCACAUCCCUCCUCCCCCUAUGACGCCCCCUCCACCCCCUCCGGUUCAGUUUAACGACCUACCUCCGCCUCCUCCCCCAGCACCUGUGCAGCCUCAGCAGCAGCAGCAGCAGCAGCAGCAACAACAACAACAACAACAACAACAGUUGAGCUACACCCCUGAACACUCUCCCAGAGCAUAUGUGCCAAUCCGCCGGAAAUCUGGCCCUCCUCCACCCCCUCCACCCCGAAGUAAUCCCCCACCCAAGCGCCACUCGCUUCAUAAAGUCCUCCCAACAAGAGACGAUCUACAAGUCCAUGCUACGAUUCAAGAGUUAAAAGCCUAUCAAGAAAAACAAGCCUACCAGGAAAGACAAGCCUACGAGGAGCAACAAGCCUACAACGAGAGGCAGGCGUAUGAAGAGCAGAAAGCCUACGAAGAACAGCAACUGUUCCAGGAGCAGCAGGCCUACCAGGAGAAACUUUUUAAAGAGAGACAAGCGUAUGAGGAGCAGAAGGCCUAUGAGGAGCAAAAAGCUUUUGAGGAACAACAAAUGUAUCAAGAGCAACAAGCUUACCAAGAAAGACAGGUGUAUGAGCAGCGUCAAGCCUACCAGGAACAAAAAGCCUAUGAGCAACGUCAAGCCUACAAAGAACAAAAAGCAUUUGAGGAGCUUCAGGCUUAUCAGGAGCAAAAAGCCUAUGAGGAGCGUCAUGCUUACGAGGAGCAACAAGCAUAUCAAGAGCAGAUCUACCAGACCCAUCACUCGAUGCCUGCCCAGCCCACGCAGCAGAAAGCCCACUCACCACUCCCUCUUCAGCAAAUGCACCAGUCCUUACCUCCACUCCCCUCUCCAGAGUCCGCCCAUCACCUCGCUAACCAUCCUCUUUAUAUGAUGCGCCAAGCACAACAGCAGCAGGUCCACCAGAGCCACCACCAUCAUAGGCGGCUGUCUCGUUCUGCCCCGCCCCCACAUCAGCCAUCACCCCAAACCACAUCCCACCCCAGCCAACAAGGCCAGUAUGCAGAGGGCAUCUACCAAAGCCAUCAAGGCCUGAGAACCCAGGCCCACCACUCAUCUGCCGAGAUGCUCCACCAGAUGCACCAAGCCCCUGCUCACCAUUCAUCCAGCGAAAUGCUCCAUCAGUUGCAGCAGUCCCAAGCCCACCACUCGUCGGCUGAGAUGCUCCAGCAGAUGCAGCAGGCCCAUGCUCACUAUACAUCGUCAGAAAUGCUCCAUCAAAUGCACAAAUCUAAGGCUCAUCAUUCUUCAUCAGAACUCCUGCACCAGGCUCAUCAAAUGCAGCCUCACCACUCCUCAAACGAGCUGCUCCAUCAGGCUCACCACAUGCAUCGCGGACAACCCCACCAUUCGUCCACUGAGCUGUUACAUCAGAUGCACAAACCCCAGCCCCACCACUCCUCCACAGAGCUGCUCCAUCAAGCCCAUCAGAUACAUCAACCUAAGCCUCAUCAUUCAUCCACAGAACUUCUCCAUCAAACCCAACAAGAGCCCGCCUCCCUCCCAGUUCAGCUAAACCGAGACAGCCACUCUCAUCAAAGCCGUAAGAGUCUGAAAGGUCAUCAUCAAACCCAAGUGCCGCCGCAAGCGAGACAUCAAGAGCAGCAGAUUCAUCAAGCGCAUCACCCCCAACCCACAAAACCCUCUCCACAGAGACCCCACUCUAUUCAGCAGACCCACCACCACUCUAGCACACCCCAGAUCCAACACAUCCACCACAUGACCCCUCAGCCCCCUCCUCAGGACUACCAACACCAGAUUCAUGUUAUCCACCCUCCCCAACAGCCUCACAGACCUCAGCCGCUUCUCUCCACCUUCCAGCCCCUUCAGCCCCACCAGCCCACCCUCUCAACUUUCCAACCCCUGCCCCAACACCACCAGUCUCAGCACCAAGGUCAGUCCUCCAACCAAGCCACCCGACCACAGUCCCAGCCCUCGCAUCACCUGCUGCAGACUCAACACCAGCCCACAACCCAGUCCCACCAUAAGCAAGCCCACAGUCAGACUCAGCCGCAGUCCCUCCCCCACUCCCUUUCUGAUCCCACAGAGCAUCUAGAGCCCCCACCGCCUCCACCCCUGCCCCCACCUUGCUCCCCUCCACCACUACCCAGGCCCACUCUAUCCAGAAUGGACUCCCACCACAUGAGUGUAAAGAGGUUACGUUGGGAGCAGGUGGAAAACUCAGAGGGCACCAUCUGGGGACAGUUGGGAGCAAAUUCUGACUAUGAAAAACUUCAUGACAUGGUGAAGUAUCUGGAUCUGGAGCUACACUUUGGGACACAGAAGAGUUCUAUGCCUGCACCAGAGCCCUCACUACAGCCAGAAACCUUCAAGAAGAAAGAUGUGAUUGAAAUUCUGUCUCAUAAAAAGGCGUACAAUGCUUCCAUCCUGAUAGCCCACCUUAAGCUGUCUCCUGGAGAACUGCGGCAGAUUCUAAUGAACAUGGUUACUGAUCGGCUGGAACCAUCUCACAUCAAACAGCUCCUACUCUACGCCCCCGAUGCAGAGGAGGUCAAAAAGUAUGAGGAGUACAGACAGGACCCUAGCAAACUCAGUGAGCCAGACCAGUUUGUGUUACAGAUGUUAUCAGUACCGGAGUAUAAAACCCGUCUGCAGAGUCUUCUCUUCAAGUGUUCACUGCAGGAGAAGACUGAGGAGUUGAGGGGAGCGUACGACUGUAUCUACAAAGCCUCCAUGGAGCUGAAGACCAGCAAGAAGCUGGCUAAGAUACUAGAGUUUGUGUUGGCGAUGGGGAACUACCUGAAUAACAGCCAACCUAAAACCAACAAGACCACAGGCUUCAAGAUCAACUUCCUUACAGAGUUGAGCACGACUAAAACCGUGGAUGGGAAAUCAACAUUCCUGCAUAUUCUUGUCAGAUCUUUAUGUCAACACUUUCCUGAUGUGUUGGACUUUUCCAAAGAUCUUACCAUGGUUUCUCUUGCAGCAAAAGUAAACCAAAGGAAUAUCACAUCAGAUCUCAAUGAUCUCCACGCAACAAUCCAGGACAUUCGUUCAGCCUGUCAGAAGAUGCCUGCAACUUCUGAGGACCGCUUUGCUGUUGUCAUGAGUAAUUUCCUCGAAAACAGCCACCCAGCCCUCCAGUCACUGGAGUCCCUCCAACAGAGAGCUAUGGAAGAAUUUGCUAAAACUGCCUCUUUCUUUGGAGAAGACAGCAAGUCCACCAAUACUGAGGCCUUCUUUGGUAUCUUUGCUGAGUUUAUGGGCAAAUUUGAGAGAGUUUUGGGUGAUCAGCAGAGUGCCGAAAAUCCCAAAAGCCCCAGGAGUCCACGAAUGGCGUCACCACUGGCCUGGUAACACAUAUUAUAUUCAGACAUUCACAGACUUACAUGUUAAGUCUAGAUAUACUUCCACAAUUACGCAAUCCUGAGCAAAAAAGCAAGUUUUUACAUGUUAUGGUGUUUUGGUGAAAUUACAUGAGAGGGUGAAGUUGAGAGCUAAAAUACUUUUGCAUCAAAGGUGGAUGAUUUUCAUUUAUACAGUGACGUUCUGUUGGUAUCAUUUUAAUCAGAGUUUUGGUUGAAAUCUAAAAUUUGAACGGCAAAAACCAGUGUAUGUAAUGUAUAUUGGCCUCUACUGUUGGAAUGAUAGUUACUGUAGAUUAAGUUAUAUUUCUCUUAAACCCAAGUAUAGAUAUUCAAACACCUCUCUAUGUGUGUUUAAUACAAUCUUUGUAAAAUAUCCAUGAUUAAGACAUAGAUUAAAAAUACCCUUGAAUAGAUAUUUAAUUAAGAUAUACUCUCAUACACUUUGAGGAAACCACACGUGCAGAUUUCCUGUUAGUUUACAUGUGCUGUAUUUUUGUAAGCCACCCACCACUCUGAAUGUAAUAUAAGUUCUUUACUGUGUUUAGCUAUUUUUCUUAAGUGGACACACUGUUUUCAUGUCAGCUGUAGCCUUAUCAUUAUUAUUAUUAUUAUUAUUUUAGUUGUACUGCUCUUGUAUCAUACCUAACAAAAUGCUACAAAUGACUGUAAAUAUGAAAUAUCAUCAGUGGGAGUUCACAUUUGUUUUUAUAAGACAGUUUUAUUUGUUUUAAAGGAUCAGUUUAACCUGGCUAAAAUCUUUAACAUACUCAUAAGGGGUACUAAAAGAGGAGCUUACAGCGGGCAGUGUGCAAUAUGUUAAUUUUCAGAUUAUUGACUAUAUUGUAAAGUAAAUAUCUUUGGGAUGUACAACACAGAUUGAAUAUAAGGAACAUGUAUACAGAGGAAUUUUGUCAGCAGAAGGUAUAAAGACUUUCAUGUAUUCAACUAAUACUUCUUUUACUGACCAUAUCAUAUGGAUUGAGCAGGAAGUUUUAGCACUGCUACCACAGCAGUGUCAUUAAGUUUAGCGCAGCAGAUGCAGCAUUUUACACAAUUUGGUCACUAAUAAUACAGCAUACCAGCUUCUCAGAAAUCCUGUUGAAUUGUGAAACGUGAAGCUUCAACCUAUAUUUGUAAAUGCUAGGGUAAAUUCUGAUGGUAAGAAUAACAUGUGCAGCUACUAAAUGCUUUGUUUUUCUAAUGUAUAAGUAGUUAAUUUGUGCUUAAAGUACAGAAAUAAAACUUCUGAAGCAUUGCUGUUCAUUUAGGGCUGAUAAAGUGUAAGUCUGUAUUUUGUUUUGUUUCCUACCCUUGCUGAGAAAUAUAACAUCUCUGAAAUCUGUUUAUGCCUGAAUGUCUGUUUUCUUAAGACUUGUGAUGAAACUGUAAUUGUUCUAUUGUGAAAUUUGUCAUCUCAUAGAU